UUAUGUACAUGUCGAAGUCGAAGCCGCAUCGAACGGUACGCACGUCGGUCGCGCAACGACCUUCGCCUUCCUCGAUGAGAAACGCAGAAAGGCGAGAACCAUGGCGGCGGUACUAUUGGCGAAAUUGUGCUUUCGCUGUGUCGUGCGCUUUUCCGACCGAGAGUACAUGCGCUGAGGGAAGAAAGCCGUCGAGAUUGAAUAGGAAGAAAAAAUGAACCACUGCAGUGAAUCUAGCAAUGAUACGGAUGAAGGCGAUGAUCAGGAGGCGUCUUCUUUGCAAGAAGGAACAAACAUUGAGGAUACCUUAACAUCUUUCAGGGAACAAUGGCAACGUGAGUUAACGAUAUCACCUAAGCGUGAUACAUCAAAGACGUAUUCACCAAAUCAGCCUAAUAUUGAGGUCGCAAAUGAUGAAGCUUCUAUCGAAAGCAAGGCAAAGAAUUUAUUUCUUAAAGGUAUUGAACACGAACAAAGCAGAAAGUUUUAUGAGGCAAUUCAGUUUUAUAAGCGUGCGGUACAAUUAGUUCCUGAUAUUGAAGUACGUUUGUAUGAAUCAACAAAAGCAAAAGCAAGAGACAGAUUCGAUGCUGAUGAUUGUUUUGAUACACUAGACAAUGAUUUUUCAACUACCAAUGACAGCGAAAAUCAUAAUGAAGUUGAUGAAGAAGAAACUGAUUUAUUUUUGAAGUUGUCUAAAAUUGUAAACCGCAAUCAAUGUGUAUGUUUCCCAAAAUUCGAACAAAGUACAACACAUAUCUCUGCAUUACCUAUGGAGAUAGUGCUUUACAUUCUGAGAUGGGUUGUGUCUUCUGAACUGGAUUUUCGAUCGUUAGAAAUGUUUUCAAGAGUAUGCCGUGGAUUUUAUAUAUCUGCACGAGACACGGAGAUCUGGCGACUUGCAUGCGUUAGGGUAUGGGGUGUAAACUGUGGUACUUGCGAACCGAAAUACAAAUCAUGGAGGGAUAUGUACUUGAAACGGCCUAGAUUAAGAUACAACGGAUGUUAUAUCAAUAAAACAAGUUACAUACGCGAUGGAGAAAAUAAUUUCCAAGACCGUUUUUACAGACCAUGGCAUCUCGUUGAAUAUUUCCGGUACCUGAGAUUUUUUCCCGAAGGAAGAGUUUUAAUGUUGACAUCGACUGAGGAAGCUCAAAUCUGUGUAAAUUCCUUACGAAAUCGCAUACCACGCAACCCAUCAGUUCUAAUUGGUCAUUUUCGAUUACAUGAUAAUUAUGUGACACUUGUGUUGAAAAGACAAGAAACUAAAGGAAUCAAUUUCUACAGAAGAAAGAAAAGAGAACCGGUGCAUGAUAGUGGCGAACAAACGUUUCAUAUCGAAUUUGAGAUACAGAAUCAUCAUAGAAGAGUAAACUCGCAAUUGAAAUGGAUCAGCUACAGUAUUUUCACAAAAUAUAAAAAUGGACAGGAAGCGAAGAUUUGUCUAAAGGAACCAUCUGUAAGGGAAUUCAGGGCGUCACCGAUUGGUGGUAGAUAUCCACCUCUUAAAUUCAGCAGGGUAAAGAGUUACACUCAGGAGAGCGAAGUACCAUUAUAGUAAUGAACUGACAACAAACAAAUCAUAUGAAUCAUGAGAGUACAAUUAUCGAAUUAUUCUUACAGAAGAAAAAUAGUGAAUGUAGUGAAUUCUCAGUAUGUUAUAAAACCGAAA